AUGUCAGGAAUACUACCCUUUGUUGAAGAUACUAUAGGAGAAAAGCUAAAGCGACAUAAGCACGAACCGGUUCUGAUAGAGUCGAUAAUACGGGGUGACGAAACGACGCCUCCGGUUAACACCACCAACAAGAAGGAUGAGUCCAUCGCAUCAUUUGCAAUCGAAGAAGUCAAUGACGAUCCCGAUGAACUCAUAAAUUUAAGAGGUGAGGGAAGAUAUUUUGGAGUGAUAGAUCCAGACAAUGAAAAUCAACAAUCACUGGGACCAAUAUGUGAUAAUUGUCAGGAACGUGGGCAUAGACGAGCACAAUGUAAGGUUGUCAUUUGUCAUAAAUGUGGGAAAGUGGGUGAUCAUUACGAAUCUCAAUGCCCCUCAACUGUGGUUUGUUUGAGAUGUGGUGAAAAGGGUCAUUAUAUCCUGCAAUGUAAAAGCAAAGUUCGGAAGAGACAAUAUUGUCGUAGUUGUGAUACGUUUCAACAUGGAGAUGAAGAUUGCCCAAGUAUAUGGAGAUCAUAUUUGACAAAGCGAACUGCAAAUGAAGAUGAAGAAAGUUUGGUUUUGCCUAAUAUUUAUUGUUACAACUGUGGGUCCGAUGAGCACUUUGGAGACGAAUGUGGUAAACAAAGAUCAUCGCGGAUUCCUAAUUUAGGUAGUGCUUUCAGUGGUAAUAACUUGCCCAGAAAUUUACGACCUUUAUACUUUCACAGGUUGAAAAGCAGUGAAGCUGGAUCAUCUAGUGAUUAUGACUACAAUCCUAAUCUCACACCAAGAGAUUACAAUUCGGAGUACGACCCGAGAGAAACCAGGAAGAGAGUGAACAAUUUCAAUUUUAAUGGAAAUUCACCAUCGUACAGUCAGCAACAGCCUUCUAGAACAGGCUUUAUACCGAUGAAUAAUGGUGGUUCUAGAUUCCCCUCUGGCCCGUCCUCCAAAAAUUAUCAAAAUGGAUUUGGUAACAAUUUCGAUAGUUAUGGGUCAAUUAAUGGGUAUGGAAAUAAUACAUAUGGAAGAAGUAGUUAUGGAAAUGACGACUUUGGAAAAAGCAGUAGUGGGAGCAACUCAAAGAGGGGAAACCGUCAACCGUCGAGAAGCGGAUUUGUGGGAAGUAACAGUUCAUCAAAAGGGAUUAGAAUUACAAAACCAUCAAGAAGCGGUCUCAUUGAGAACAGUAAAAGCAAGCAUAAGAGAAAACAUAUACGGUAUUAG